CUUGGUCAUUUACUAGAUAUUCCUGCUGCUGGUGAGACCAUUGCUCACGAGUCUGAGUUGUGGAGAGUCAAUUUUAAUGUUGCUGAGGAGUUUGUUCGUCUCUCGGUUGUUCAUCCUGGUCCUCCCUGUCAAUGUUUUGCUGCCCCGUCUUCGAACUUUUCAUUUUGUCCUCACCAGGGUCUUCCUUCCUCGUUUUCAAUCCCUUGACCGAGUUACUCCCUUAGACCUCUGGGUUAUGAGCCAUGAUGUUGCUCAUAUCCCUCUCAACUAUGCUCACUUGGUUUUUGGCUCCAUGAUGUCUUUUGGUGAUGUCCACUUCCCUAGCCCAGUGCCAUUUGGACCCCUCAUCACCCGUUUGUUCUCUCAACUUGAAAUUGAUCUUUCCUCGUUUCGAACCAUCUCCCCUAGUCAAUAUGUGUCUAUCGACCAAAUGUUGGAUGACCUGGAGAUUGCGAUUGGGGGAGAGGUCUUUCCUGCUGCUGCUGUCAUUGAAGUCAAUGAGGCGGAGGUAGAACUUGAAGAAGUGGAACCAGAGGAAGAGGAUGACUCGGCUUCUGAAGAUUCGUUUCUUGCAGAUCUUGUGGUAAAGAUGUGGAACCAGAGGAGAAUGUGCAACCAGAGGAAGAGGAUUAUUCGGCUUCUAAAGAUUCAUCUCCUGCAGAUCUUGUGGUACUUAAUGAGACUAAUGAAGAAGAGUUUGGAUCUAAUGAGGAAGAUCGUUUUUGACGUAUCUUGUGAGUGUGUCUCAGACUGGUUGUUUUCUUUUGUGUUGUUUGCCCUGAGUUGUUUGGGUUGGAACUUGCUGUCUUGAACUGAGUGUGUUCAAACCUUGUUGGUUUUUUUGGAGUUUGGUCCUUGCAGUAGUCUUUGCUGGAAAUUGUUUGGUCUCUGUUGGGAUUUGCUUCUGGUGGGUAUCUCUUGCCUUGUUUGGAGUUUGCGUGUGCUGUAUUUUGCAGGAAAAGGAUCAAUCGUCAAUCUCUCAUUUAGGGGAAGAUUGAUGAACGAAAUAAGAGUCUUGCCGAUUG